AUGUCUUCACAUUGGUGUUACAGGUGCAACAAAUUUGUUAGGGUAUGGAGGCUAGGAAUGCCAAUAUGUUUAGAUUGUGAUAGCGGUUUUGUUGAACAGCUCGAACAUUCCGCACGUUCUCUCCAUGAAGACGGUGGUCCUCAAAGGAGGUUUCCUAUGUCGGCGGCCAUGUACAUGAUGGGCCACAAUAAUAACAAUUCCAAUCAAAAUUCUCGUAGACGCCGUUGCAGAAACAAUAUUAACGGAGAUUAUAAUAUUUCUGACCCAAUCAUCAUGAUCCGGGGUAGCGGAUCAUCUCGGGGUAUGGGCCGUGAGGGCGAAGGGAAUCGUGGGUUUGAACUUUUCUACGAAGAUGGUGCCGGUACUGGUCUCCGACCAUUGCCUCCAAGGAUGUCAGAUUUUCUUCUUGGAUCUGGAUUUGAAAGGGUGAUGGAAAACCUUUCUCAUGUCGAAUCUAAUCGAACUAGAAACGCGCGACAUAAUCAACAACAAUUACCAGCAUCAAAAUCCGCGGUAGAAUUGUUACCAAUGAUUAAAAUUAAUGAAAGUCAUAUGGAGAUAGAAUCACAUUGCGCCGUUUGCAAAGAGAUGUUUGAACUUGGCAUUAUGGCUAGAGAAAUGCCAUGCAAACACAUAUACCAUGAUGAUUGCAUACUUCCAUGGCUUGCAAUUAAAAAUUCUUGUCCGGUAUGUCGCCAUGAACUUCCUUGUGAAUCACAACAAAAUAAUAAUAAUAAUCAAAAUUUAGAAGAGAAUGUUGGGUUGACGAUUUAUCGAUUACCGGGUGGAGGGUUUGCCGUGGGAAGAUUCUCCGGUGGAAGAAACGGCAUUGAGGGUGGGGAUGAAAGUGAAAGAGAGCUUCCUAUUGUUUACACGGAGAUGGAUGGUGCAUUUAACAAUAUUAGUGAACCAAGGAGGAUAUCAUGGUCAUUAACAUCAUCUAGAGAAAGGAGAGGAAGAAGUAGUGGAGGUGGAUUUCGUAGAAUGAUGAACAAUUUGUUUGGAUGUUUGGGAGGUGGGGGUGCAGUUGGCAAUAAUCAACGUUAUGUUCCCACUACUAGAGAGUUUUCUCCAUCUAUGACCAUGAGAAAUAAUAGUGGAUCAUCUAAUACCAAUGAGAGUUCUUCUACACGUCAACGUAGAACUUGGUCUAUGGAUGUAAAUGGUGGAAUUAGACCGUGGUAA